GAGAAUGUUGCAGUUAAAGCGUCACAAGACGGCUGUUUGUCAGGACGAUCGCACACGCAGUAGUUAGGAGGAAGCAUCAGAUGUUGGUUUUUAGUUCACAAAGUUUCUGCGAAUGUUUAGAACUAUUUCAGUUCACUUUCGAAUGACGUUUUAAUAGCUGAUAAGAGCUUUGUCUUAGUCAGGCGCACGCCCUUGUCGCUGUUUUUUAAUGGAGUAAAUUUGGAGUAAAGUAGUAUGGAGGUUAUGUGACGGGGCGUGGUGCAGACAGCCCACUGUAAACUACUGGAGUCUGUCCCAGGCGCGGAAGAGAAAGGCGGACACCAGUCCUCAUGCAGAACUGAGAAGAGGGACAGUGAGCAGGGACAACGGGGUUGGUUAUUUUGCAAAAUGGAGUCUCUUUCAGUGGCAAACACCAAUUUUGCACUUCACCUAUUCACCAAGAUGAAGGAAGACAACAAAACCGGGAAUGUCUUCUACUCUCCUCUCAGCAUCUCUUCUGCGCUGGCCAUGGUGUCUCUCGGAGCUGCAGGCAACACAGCAACUCAGAUGUCUGAGGUUCUGCACCACAACAAGGACAAGGACAACGUCCACGUCAGCUUCAACAAGCUGAUGGCCGAACUGAACAAAGCAGGAGCUCCGUAUGCCCUCAGCAUGGCCAAUAGGCUUUAUGCAGAGCAGACCUACAAAUUUGUGGAGAAAUUUCUGAAGGAGACAAAAACACACUACCAUGCUGAGCUGGAAACUGUUGACUUUAAAGCAAAUGCAAAAUCUGCACGGGUCAAUAUUAAUAACUGGGUGGAGAAGCAAACAAACAAAAAGAUCAAGAACUUGCUGGAAAAAGGAACUGUUGGUGAUUCAACCAGACUUGUCUUGGUGAAUGCCAUCUACUUCAAGGGCAGCUGGGAGAAGCAGUUUAAGGUCAGAGCAACACAGAAGCGUCCUUUCAAGCUGAACAAGAAAGAAACUAAACCAGUGCAGAUGAUGAAUCAGGAGGCAGAGUUUCCCCUGGCCUUUAUUCCUGAUCUGCGGUGCAAGAUUCUUGAAAUGCCAUAUAAGGGCAUGGAGCUCAGCAUGCUAAUUAUGCUACCUGUUGAGAUUGAAGAUAACACUACUGGUCUUGAAAAGCUUGAGCACCAGCUCACUUAUGACAACUUCAUGGAGUGGACACGGCCUGAUAGGAUGCGCACUGUGGAGGUGCAGGUGUCUUUGCCACGAUUCACACUGGAGGAAACCUAUGGCAUGAACGAGCUGCUCAUCAGCAUGGGCAUGGUAGAUGCCUUUGACAUGGGGAAGUGUGAUUUUUCACACAUGUCUCCUUGCGAUGACCUGGUGCUCUCCGAGGUGGUGCAUAAGUCUUUUGUAGAAGUGAAUGAGGAAGGCACUGAAGCAGCUGCAGCCACCGCGACCGGCGUGCUGGAGUGUUGUCUCACUCCUCCCCGAAAAGAGCGCUUUGUGGCAGACCACCCCUUCCUCUUUUUCAUUCAACACAAACCAACCCGAAGCAUUCUCUUUUGUGGACGCUACAGCGCUCCUUAAAUUGCCCGAUGCUCUGAAGUGCAAUUAUAACUCUAUGCAGUCAUUUGAUGUCAUAACUAAAUAAGUGUGCACUGACUAAACAUGUUUCGCUUAAAAUAUGCAAAUAUAUUUCCUGACAUAUUUCCAAUAAAGCACUUUGGCAAAA